UACUUCAACAAUUUGCUGCCAAAAGAAGAUUACUUCUCUCGGGCAUUAUACACGUUCGACAUAGGCCAGAAUGACUUAACUGCCGGUUAUAAGCUCAACCUUUCAACCGAGCAAGUCAAGGCGUACGUGCCCGAUUUAUUAUCUCAAUUGUCAACCGUUAUAAAGCUGGUGUAUGCUCUUGGAGGAAGAUCGUUCUGGAUACACAACACUGGUCCCGUUGGCUGUUUGCCGUAUGUAAUGGACAGGUUUUUAGUCACUGCAGCACAGAUUGAUAAAUACGGCUGCUCGAGCCCGUACAAUGAUGUCUCAAAGUAUUUCAAUCUUAAACUAAAGGACACACCGAGCAAAGGAACUGGGCAAGUUUUUGUUCAGCUUCUGCUUGUGAUUCGAAUUUUUUUACGAAUUUUUACGAACUUGUUCUUGACUUUUUGGUGUGCUGACGUGGCAGGAUUUGAGAACCCGUUUCUUGUUUGCUGUGGUCACGGAGGGAAAUAUAAUUACAAUGCACUUUUCAAAUGCGGCGUGAAGAAUGUUGUGAAAGGGAAAGAGAGUGUAAUCGCCAAGUCGUGUGUGGACCCAUCUGUUCGGAUAAGUUGGGAUGGGGCCCACUUUACAGAGGCAGCCAACAAAUGGAUCUUUGAUCAGAUUGUGAAUGGUUCGUUUUCGGAUCCUCCUGUUCAGCUCGAUUUUGCCUGUAAUAGGAUGCAAAGCUGA